AUGUCAUCCUUACGCAGGGGCCAUGCUAACCUUCUCUGUAUCAUUCCAAAUCGUAACCUAAAAUCUCUCUCUCUCUCUCUCUCUAUCUAUCUAUCUAUCUAUCUAUCUAUCUAUCUAUCAUUCAUCAUCUAUUCCAGUCUGUUCGCAUCUAAGUCUGCUCAUAUCUAUCUAUCUAUCUAUCUUAGUCUCUUCGCAUCUAAUUCUGCUCAUAUCUAUCUAUCUAUCUAUCUAUCUAUCUAUCUAUCUAUCUAUCUAUCCUUUAUCAAGAGAUUAUUAUCUAUCUAUCUAUCUAUCUAUCUAUCUAUCUAUCUAUCUAUCUAUCUAUCUAUCUAUGUACUCGAUGAAUUACUUAAUUAUAAUUAUCAAAUCCUCCUAAUAAUUUCUUUCUUUCUUUCUUUCUUUCUAUCUAUCUAUCUAUCUAUCUAUCUAUCUCAUUCUGUUCAUAUCUGCCUGUUCAUAUAUUAUCUAUCCCAUUCUGUUCCUAUCUAUCUAUCUAUCUAUCUAUCUAUCUAUCUAUCUAUCUAUCUAUCUAUCUAUCUCAUUCUGUUCCCAUCUCUGUUCAUUCAUAUCUAUCCCAUUCUGUUCCUAUCUAUCUAUCUAUCUAUCUAUCUAUCUAUCUAUCUAUCUAUCUAUCUAUCUAUCUAUCUCAGUCUGUACGCGUCUAUCUGUCCAUCUAUCCAUUUGUUUCCUUCAUAUUGA